AUGAAUAAUGUUACUUCUAUAUCUGAUCAUUCAAAUUCAAAUGAAAAAUCAGAUAAAUCAAAUAUAAAAGAAACCCGAGAAUACAAAUACAAAUUAUACACAUUUGUUAUCAUCUCAUUACUACAAAUUUUUAUAAAUUAUGACAACGGCGUGGUUCCAGUUAUGCUUAACUGGAUACAGGAACCAUACAAUUUUAGUAGUACUGAACUGGGCUUAAUGGGAUCACUUUCGUACUUUGCAUAUGUUGUAAUGUCACCUUUAAUGCCAUAUAUACUACUAAACUUUAGUACUCAACUCUCAAUGACUGUCGCACUGAAUAUAAAUCUAUUGUCGUUGUGUAUUUAUGCACUUGCAAUAAAUAAAUAUAUUGUUUAUUACAUUUUUUUUGAAUCAUCAACGGUUCCCACAUUAACAUUACAAUCGGUCGCAUAUCUUCCUCAUAGACUUAAACCAGCAGGGGCAUCAUUCUUCAUUUGUCAAUAUCAAAUAUUCGGUUUUGCAUUUGGUAGUAUAAUUCCAGGACUAGCAAUUGAUAUCUUUAAGAAUUAUACCGCAGCUCUUUGUGUAAUAUAUUUGCCUGGUUUUAUUGCACUCUCCUCUUUCAUUUUCAUCAUGUAUAUUAAGUUUUAUAGAAUUAAAACAGCAAAAAUGUCAGGAAGAAUUAUAUAUAUUAAGGUUGUAGUUGUAAUGUAG